CACAUCGACGCCUUCCACCUACGACCGAGCUCCAAAGCCGCAGCCGCAGACAUGAUGAAGCUGGUCUCCCUGAUCGUCGCUGCCCUGUUGGCGGUUGCCAUCGCCCAGAGGUACAACUUGAGCCCUGCCGACCUGAGGGCCGUGCCCAUAAUCGCCUACAAUAACGUCCCGCACGCAGCCGCCGACGGAUCCUACGAAUACGGAUACGAGACGGGCAACGGCAUCUUGGCCCAGGAGAAGGGCUUCGUCAAGAACCUGGGCUUCGUCGACCAGGAGACCCAAGUGGCCCAGGGGUCGUACUCGUACACCGGCCCUGACGGCGUCGUCUACACCGUCACUUACACGGCCGACGAAAACGGCUUCCAGCCUCAGGGAGCCCACCUGCCCACUCCACCACCGAUCCCAGCGGCGAUCCAGCGCGCCCUCGACUUCAUCGCCAGCCAACCGCCGCAGCCCGAGAACGCCGGCAGGAAGUAGACGGGGACGUGUCAGCGGCAGUGACGACGGCGGUGACGACGACGACGUAGACAACGGACUCGGACGACGCAGCUUUGGAAGCGUCCACACUAAACCACCAGCCUCCAGAACUUCCCAUCUAUAUGGACCGAGGCACAUGUAGACCACUUCAGGCGACCAUCACCUGUUAACUUGUUCAUUCAAACGGAUCGAAAGUUCAAGUUACUUUCUUGGAUUCGAACUGCUCCAGAAGCAUAAUAAUUCAUUCUGUUGUAAGUAAGGGUAGAGUAUUUAGAAUGUUUCCUCUAUAAUCUCUGGUAGGUCGUUGUGUUUCUCUUCCUUCCUCUUUAACUGUCUCUUCCCAUUUAUCUUCCUCUCUUCCUUUUUGUGAAUAGAUCAUGUGUCUUCUAGUAACUAGUUCAAUGAUUUCUACUUUGCUUAUUUUAUAGACUUCCCUAUUACAAGUUGUGUCUCCAAUCGCAUUGCAUAGUAGAAUGUAGCAAAAAUCAGUACAAUUUCUUGGAACUGUGUUACUACAGGAAUAAUACAAUUUCUGGGAACUGUGUUACUACAGGAAUAGUACAAUUCCUUGUGACUUGUUUCUUCGCUUCUUCCUAGGUAUCUGGUAGCGCACUGUAUUAAUCCUACUCUCUCCCUCCCACUUUCUCUUUCUCUCUCUUUUCUUGUGUCUUUCCUUUCCUUUUUCCGUUACUAGUAGUUUUUCGGUCUUAUAGGAAAAAUGCUUAUUGUUUUUGCUCAUCGUCCCUAUAGAUGUUAGUGACAGCGACUCUGCAUAUUAGCUCUGUACUGCGAAGUAGCCUCUUACUUUCCGUUUCUGCUUCUGCACAUUUCACUUACUACUGCAGAAAUAAGCUUCUGCAUGCACAGAUGGUAGUUUCAACCCACCGGUGCAAGGAAAGUAAACGUGCCAAGGACUGUAUUACACAUCACAAACCUUCUUCUAUUUUUCGUGGUCAAGCAGACGUCGUAUCUCUCUGCUUCACCUCGCACGUCCUUAAUUCGCAGCGAGCUCGUGGCAGCAAUCUUCCAGCCCCGUUGAGCAAUAAGACGUAGCCGGUCCCCUCAGACAAUACGUAAUUAAAAUUUCUAAUUCCUGCCUCGCUUUUCAUACAAACGGACGGCGGCAGCGUGGCUAACCGCUCCUCUCGUUAUAGGCGAUGACUCAGGCGGAUACUACUGCAGUGGUAAACCCACUACUGCCGCGAUGUAACAGAAUAAACACAAGCUGCCCCACUGGGGAGCUGUUCGGGUGCGAGUCCUCUGAAUGUGCUGCGAGCGGUGGCGAAGAAUUGUAGGAUAUGUGGUGGUUCUCUGUGGCAGUCUUCCAUCGCUAACACAUUUAAUUUAUUCUACUGUACUGAGGCUUAAGAUCUGUUGCUUGUUGACGCCCGAAAUUUUAUGCUACUGACUGGGGUGUUUCGUGGAGGUACAUUUAUUGUAAACCCAGCCACUUCCAACUUGGAUAAAAUUUCUGGCGUCGUUCCGGUUAACGUACUUACCUAUACUGUGUACGUACGAAUGGACGUAACACCUCUCAAGAGUUCACCUCGUGUGGAUAGCUCUGGACAUUUUUCCAUAGUUUAUUAAUGUUUUUUAUCGAGAUGAAGGCGUCCAUUUCUUAGUCCAUUUUUUGUACAACGUGUAUGUUUCACACUACAUAUAUUUAUAUUUUUUUGAUGAAAUAAAUUCAGGAAUUAUUGUAAAAA